AUGGGCACGGUGCUCUCCCUCUCCCCCGCCGCCUCCUCGGGCAAGGGCGGCGGCGGCGGCGGGGGGCUGCUGGCCGAGAAGGCGCCGGGAAGGGUGCCGGGCAAGGGCGAGAGCCGGCUGAAGCGGCCCGGCGUGCUCAUCUCGGCGCUGACCUGGAAGCGUCUGGUGGCCGCCUCGGCCAAGAAGAAGAAGAGCACCAAGAAGGUGACGCCGAAACCCGGCGGCGGGGCCCCGGGGGGGGCCCCCUGCCAGCCCGACCCGCUGGUGGUGCAGCGCAACCGCGAGAACUUGCGCAAGUCGGUGGUGGGGCCGGCCGACGGCGUCAAGCAAGGCCCGCUAGCCGUGCCCGUGCCCACAGUGCCCUCGGCGCCGCAGGAGCUGCACCCGGGCUCCGGCGGGGGAAAGCCUCCACCGCCGCCGGCCAGCAGCCGCCCCGCGGGGUCUCCGCGCCGCGUGGUGGUGCAGGCGUCCACCGGUGAGCUGCUGCGCUGCUUGGGGGACUUCGUGUGCCGCCGCUGCUACCGCCUGAAGGAGCUGAGCCCCGGCGAACUCAUCUCAUGGUUUCGUAGCGUGGACCGCUCGCUGCUGCUGCAGGGCUGGCAGGACCAGGGCUUCAUCACCCCGGCCAACCUGGUGUUCGUCUACCUGCUGUGCCGGGAAGCGCUGAGGGGCGAAGACAUCGGGAGCCAGGCCGAGCUGCAGGCCGCCUUCCUCACCUGCCUCUAUCUCGCCUACUCCUACAUGGGGAACGAGAUCUCCUACCCGCUCAAGCCCUUCCUGGUGGAGGGAGACAAGGGGCGCUUCUGGGAGCGCUGCCUGGGCAUCAUCCAGCGCCUAAGCGCCAAGAUGCUGCGAAUCAACGCGGACCCGCACUACUUCACGCAACUCUUCCAGGACCUCAAGAGCGAGGGUGAGGGCGGAGACGGGUCCAAGCACUGGACGAUCAGCCUGGACCGUUAG